GAACCAGCCCCUCCUUUCGAAAAGGCCAAGCCACACCAUCGAAAUUAAUGGAACCAAAGCAAAAGAUAGAGAGAGAAAACACAGCGCGUUUGUAGAGAGAGAAAGUAGACUCAGAGAGUGUGUGAGGGUUUUAGAGAGAGAGAGAGAGAGCGAGAGAAGGGGGACACACACAUGGGUCAGAUCGUGAGGAGGAAGAAGAAAGGCAGGCCAUCCAAGGCAGAUCUCGCUCGCCGGUCCGGCGAAUCGCCGGCGGAGGAGAGGGACGUCCGGAGAAGUCUCCGGCGCCGAAAUGUGAAGUACACCAUAGACUACGACGACUACUUGGACGAAGACUCCGAGGACGAUGAGGAAGAAGUCGAGAUUAGAAUACAGAAGAAGUUGAAGCUCAUGGCCAAGCUGAACCCGACAGCGGAGGAGGCGGCGCGUGACUCCCACGCGCCGGAGUCGUCCGACGAGGACGAGACCGAGAGGAAGCCGCUGAAGAAGCGGCCGAUCAACGGCGCCGAUAAGGACGAGGAUGACGAAGAUUACGAGGAAAAUGACGGCGGUGAUGACGACGAUGACUGUGAGGAACGGGGCCGGAAAGCAGACUCCAAGCAACUCAAUUCUCCUCCAGGAACGCCGCCACCGUCGGAUCAUCAUCAGUCUGUCAUUCCGUUGCCGGAUAAGAAAACGUUGGAGUUGAUUCUCGACAAGCUUCAAAAGAAAGAUACUUAUGGCGUGUAUGCAGAACCAGUCGAUCCUGAAGAGCUUCCUGAUUAUCAUGAUGUCAUUGAGCAUCCCAUGGAUUUCGCGACGGUGAGGAAGCAGUUGGCAAAUGGAGCCUAUUCUACACUGGAACAAUUUGAGAGAGAUGUCUUUUUAAUAUGUUCAAAUGCAAUGCAAUACAAUUCACCUGAGACGAUAUACCAUAAACAGGCAUCUUCUAUACAAGAGCUAGGAAGGAGAAAAUUUGAGAGGUUAAGAAUUGACUAUGAACGGUCAGAAAAGGAGGUCAAAUCAGUGCAGAAAACAAAGUCAAAUUCCUUGGUAAAGAAACAGAUAAAGAAGCCUCUGUCCCGAACAUUACAGGAACCCAUUGGCUCUGAUUUCUCCUCAGGUGCCACUCUUGCCACUGCUGCCGAAGUCCAGAACAGUUCCCAUCCAACACAAGGAGCUGGUUGUGAGAGAGCUAGCAACAUUGAUGGGCCUGUAGAGGGUAAUUCAUCCUUGAAUGAAGCUAAUCUAGAGAAGGCAGAAGAAAUGCUAUCAGGGAAGAGUCUACCAUCUAAAGUUGGGAAGAAGCCAUCUGUGUUUGAUGACAACCGUCGUGCAACCUAUAACAUAUCCAAUCAGCCUGUGAUCACAUCAGAAUCAAUAUUCACAACCUUUGAGGGUGAAAUCAAGCAGUUUGUUGCAGUCGGGCUUCAUGCAGAAUAUUCAUAUGCCAGGAGCUUGGCUCGAUUCUCUGGAAGUCUCGGACCAGUUGCUUGGAAAGUUGCAUCAAAGAGGAUCGAACAGGCCUUACCUGAUGGAUGUAAAUUUGGUCGUGGAUGGGUCGAAGAAUAUGAGCCACUUCCAACCCCUGUACUGAUGGUAGACAAAGGUACCCAAAAUCAAUCUGCUUUGGCUGCAAAAUUCUUUUCACACAAUGAAUCAAGAAAGGAUGAUAGAACUUUAAGGACUUCAGUUCCUGCUAAGGAUCGCCCUGUUACUAGGUCUGUUAUAGAAGAGAGACAGCACUGUGUUAGUGUUCCUACUUCAGCGGGGAAACCAUCAUUUUUUGGUUCUUCUAGGGGACAUUACUCGGAAGAGAAACCGCCUGUUAUUAGUUCUGUCGGAGGAAAAGGUGGUAAUGCAGUUAAUGCCAUUCAUAAGCAGCAAAAUCCACAAUCCAGGUUUAUUGAGAGUGGGAAACAGGUUCCAAAGAAAGUUGAGUUGAACUCUGUACCCUCAGUUAAUCAAAAUAAUGCCAACCUUGUUGCUGAAAAGCAAUCACCAAGAAACUCAGAGCCAGCAACUUCAAGGUCCAGAGGUACAUCAUCGAGGAACAUGAAUCUUCAGCAGCCUGUACCUUUUAAGAUGCCGGAUUCUAAUGGUGUUAUUACCCCACGGUUGCCUAAUGGGAAAGGUGUGAGUGCUUGUAUGGAGAAUCAGAUGAUUGGUUCUUCUGAUAGGGCUCCUAGCCAAAUGGAAAGAACUGAAGCUUAUUUUCCUCAUGCACAGGAGCAGGGUCUUAGUGACCCAGUACAGUUGAUGAAAAAAUUGGCGGAGAAGACUCAAAAGCAACAGCAGUCAUCAAUUCAAUCGUCAAUUGAUACUAAACCUGUUGUGUCAUCGGUUCCAUCAACGAGAAGAGAUGAUCCAAGCAAUGCUGCAGCAGCUGCUGCCCGUGCUUGGAUGUCUAUUGGGGGUGCAUCCUUUAAACAGCCAACAGACAAUCCGACAGUGCCAAAAAGUCAGAUCUAUGCAGAUUCAUUAUAUAACCCAUCACGAGAGAUUAAUUCACAAAUUUCACGAGUUCGGGGAGAGGUUCCUAAUUCUGGUGCAAUGCAAUUUCAGACUGAGAACAAUUUUUCAUUUCCAACUUUUUUACCACGACCUGUUCAUAUGGUGAAUGAACCACAGUUCCAAAAUCGACCUAUAUUUUUCCCUCAGUUGGCAGCAGCUGAUUUGUCUAGGUUUCAGGUGCCGCCCCCUUGGAGGGGUCUCAGUCCUUGUGCCCAGCCAAGACAGAAACAAGAAUGUCUUCCUCCAGAUUUAAAUAUUGGUUUCCAGUCCCCAGGGUCUCCAGUGAAACAGUCAUCUGGUGUUAUGGUUGACUCUCAGCAGCCAGACCUGGCUUUGCAACUCUGAGUCAGCUGGGUAUCCGGAGGAGUACAUAGCUGAGACGUACGUUUCUGGUUUCUGCUUCUGAUCUUGUUAUGACGGAACAAUUUGGGUGGUGUUCGAUAUGGUGUUUAUCCAUUUUUGACCUCGAAUGGGAACUUUCCCAAGAUGAGAUGAAGGUAUGAGUUUGCUCGACUUGAUAUCAUCUGCUCAGAAUUUGAAGUGAGAUAGCUUUAACAGAAGUCCUGUUCUGGCUUUACUAGUUGAGGAUUACUGACUGGCAGAAGCACAAAUUUCGGAGCUAAUAUUGUGGAAUCUUGGAAUUAAGUUGAGCAGAAAGAUGAUUCACUUUGUGAUCAUGACAGAUUGCUUAGGAGUUCUUAAAACAACAUAAUUGCAUAAAUGUAGUUGAGGCCUUGUACAUUGUUACAGGUUCAUGAGAAUUAGGUUGUUUAGAUUUUACUCUUAUUUAUGCCUUUUCAUGUAAUUGCGUUGAUAAUUCGACUUUAUACCACUCCUAUUAUAAUGUACAUGGUGCACUAUCAUUGUCUCUCAAA